GCUGAGGGUGUCCUCAAUAUGAUCCUAGAAACAAUAGACAAAUUUUCGGCAAUGGAAGCACUCCCCAAUUUUGCCUCUCUUAUUGGUAUCAGGAACCAAUUAAUGUGGGAAGAAAUUUCAACUUAUUUGUAUCUUCUUGUUGCUGCAAUGAUAAAAGGAAAUCAUUCAAACUGCGCUCAAUUUGCUGCACUUCUUCGACUUGAUUGGCUUUUUGGUAGAUUGGCAAAUCCUCAAUCGGCAGAAGGAAUUUUGGAUGUUCUCUAUUGUGUUUUAACUGAAUCACCUGAAGCACUCAACAUGAUAAAUGAGGGGCAUAUUCGUUCUGUUAUCUCUCUUUUGGAAAAAGUUGGACGUGAUCCUAAAGUACUUGAUGUACUUUCUUCAUUGUGUGAAGGGAAUGGUAUGGCUGUUAGAAGCAGUCAGAAUACAAUAACUGAUUAUCUGCUUCCUGGCAAAGAUUUACUUUUACAAACAAAAAUGAGAGAUUAUGUUGCUAGUUUAAUUCCAAAUAUUCUCGUUGGCCUAGUUGAUGGAAGUUCCCUUUUCAAACGUUGGUAUUAUGAGGCUGAAGUUGAACAUGUUGAGGCUUGUGAAGGUGCCGAUGAACCACCUUAUUUGCGUGUUGGAUGGGCAAAUAGUGUUGGAUUUAAGCCUUUCCCUGGACCAGGCGAUGGUUGGGGAUGUGCUGGAGUUGGUGAUGAUUUUUGUUCUUAUGGUUUUGAUGGAAUGAAUAUGUAUUAUGGUGGAAAGCCUCGGCAGGUUGGCCACAGGUUAUUACGGAAGGGGGAUGUUAUUGGUUGCCUACUUGAUUUAAUUGCUUCAGAAAUACGUUUUACUUUAAAUGGUCAAGCAAUUUAUUCCCUUUUUAAAAAUUUCAACGUUGAUGGAUUUUUCUUUCCGAUUAUGUCAUUAUCUGCAAAAGUCAGGUAGAAAAUCAUAACUAACGGGAACCUAUUCCUCUCAUAAAAUAGGCAUUUAAAAGUAAACGUGAAUUCUUUAUAUUUUAUUAUUACACAAUACAUACAAGCAGCCAAAUGAACAAUAAGAGGGAAAAAUCUAAUAGGGAGGAUAUAAACAAUAUU